AUGUAUGAAUACCUCAUUGCUGACCAACUUUGUGCAUUCUUUUGUUGCUCAAGUCUCACGCCCACUGUAGACCCCUCAUUGAUUAAAUGGCUCUUGAUAACUCAAUGGGUGAAUCAACUUCAAGAAAACAAGGGGUUUUUUGUUGUAAUUCGAGCAUGUCAAUUAUUAGUCCAAACAAACGAAGGGAUAAUACUCGUUGGGUUAGCUGGUCCUUCUGGUGCUGGAAAGACUGCUUUCUCUGAGAAAAUCCUUAACUUCAUGCCGAGUGUUGCUGUCAUAUCAAUGGAUAAUUACAAUGAUGCCACUCGUGUAAUUGAUGGUAACUUUGAUGAUCCUCGUUUGACAGACUAUGACACUUUGCUUAAAAACAUUCAUGAUCUUAAAGAAGGGAAGACAAUUGAAGUUCCAAUUUAUGAUUUCAAAUCCAGUUGUCGCACAGGUUACAGGACACUUGAAGUCCCAAGUUCCCGAAUUGUGAUAGUUGAAGGCAUUUAUGCUUUGAGUGAAAAAUUACGCCCUUUAUUGGAUCUUAGAGUGUCAGUGACAGGUGGCGUUCAUUUUGAUCUUGUGAAAAGGGUUUUGAGGGACAUACAAAGAGCUGGACAAGAACCUGAAGAAAUCAUAUACCAGAUAUCUGAAACGGUUUAUCCGAUGUACAAGGCGUUUAUAGAACCUGACCUUCAAACAGCUCAUAUAAAGAUUGUCAACAAGUUUAAUCCUUUCACUGGAUUCCAGAAUCCCACUUAUAUUUUAAAGUCAUCAAGAAAUGUGAGUGUGGAACAAGUGAAAUCCGCCAUGUCAGAAGAAUAUACAGAAUCUUUGGAGCAAAUUUAUGACAUUUUUCUUUUGCCACCUGGCGAAGAUCCAGAAACUUGUCAAUCAUAUUUAAGGAUGCGAAAUCGUGAAGGAAAAUAUAAUCUUAUGUUUGAGGAAUGGGUUACGGAUCCUCCAUUUAUAAUAUCUCCAAGGAUAAGUUUUGAAGUUAGUGUUCGGCUUCUUGGUGGCUUAAUGGCAUUAGGGUACACCAUAGCUUCAAUAUUAAAGAGAAGUAGCCAUGUUUUUCGUGAUGAUAGGGUGUGUGUGAAAAUCGAUUGGUUGGAACAAGUUAAUCGCCAUUACGUUCAGGUGUUAGGGAGAGAUAGGGCAAGUGUAAGAUAUGUUGCAGAGCAAUUGGGACUUGAAGGAUCAUACAUUCCACGUACAUAUCUUGAACAAAUGAAGCUUGAAAAGCUUUUAAAUGAAGUCAUGGUACUACCCGAGGAUAUAAAAACAAAGCUAAGCAUAGAUGAGGAAAUGCUUUCGAGCCCUAAAGGUUCAGUUACUCUUGCUACAAUGAGAAACAAGUAUCUUAAAAGUGGAAUGUCUCAUUCGUAUUCAACAGCAAGGGAUAAAAAUUUGAGCUCCAUUACUGGAUUUGGUGCCAAUAGUCAAAGGUUUGAUGAUAGGAACACCGAGUCAACAGCCACAUUAGCAAGCGAGGGGGCAAUUAGUCAACUAUCGGAACAAAUUUCAACAUUAAAUGAUCGAAUGGAUGAAUUUACAUCUCGGAUUGAUGAACUUAAUUCCCAAUUCACUAGAGGGAUAAAUUAUAAUAGUCAACAAAAACCCGAAUCAUGCAAUAAUGGAUCUGGAUCCGUAUCAACUUCUUACUUCACAUCUGUUGUUGGUGUUGCAAAUGGUUCAUCUGGAUCUUUGGUGCGACAUUCUUCAUCUUCAAAUCAAUUAGCCAAAGAUUCUCCUUUGAUUGAAGAGAUAUCAGGAAUUGCACGGAGUCAACAAAAAAUCAUGCAUCAAUUGGACAUUCUUCACACAAGUAUUCGUGAUAAAAUGGGAGAGAGAUCUCGUGUAGAAAGAGAAUCCAAGAAAAGUAAAGGGUUGGAGGUUGAUGCAAUCAUGGUUUCUUUGCUAUUAGCCAUGGCUUGUGGUGGUGUUGGGAUCUUCAUGUUGAAGUGGGUUUCAUCAAGAAAUUGAUUCUUUCUUCUAACUCAUUUGUUUUUUUUUUUUGCUAGUUUUUAUAACAAAUCUUGAUGUUUUUAACAAGAAUUUUUUCGGAUAUUCAUGGGUCGAAUUGAUCUGCGGU